AUGCCCUUCCAGGCCACGCAGGACAACGAGCUGCCGGCCCUGGGCCGCCCGCUGCACCUGGGGAUGCUCUACGACCGACGGCGCGACACCUUUGUGCCAGGAGUGACUCUUUGGGACCAUGAGACUUUGCAGAAGCAGGUCAACACGAAGCCGCAGCCCAAGACCGAAUUUCAAGUGCUUGCUUCGAACAACUACGACCACUUGGCCUCUGCCCUCCAGCUCACGUUGCCGCUUAAGGCUAGUUUAUUGGGGGGCCUCGUGGACUUGAAUGGAUCUGCCAGAUGCCUGAGGGACACCAAGAAAUCCAGAAACCAAGUCCGGGUCGUCCUCCACUCCUUCAUCACCACCCGCUUUGAGGAGCUGACCAUGACCCAUUUAGGGCCCCAGAACGUCGCCUACCCGGGGGUCUUUGAGCAGGGAGAGGCAACCCAUGUGGUCACUGCGGUGCUGUAUGGUGCGCAGGCGUUCUUUGUGUUUGACCGGAAAGUGGCUUCAGAUGAGAAUAAGGAUGACGUUGAGAGGGAGUUGAGAGCCAACCUUCAAAGCUUUUGCAAUGAAGUACAUGCUGGAGAGGGAACCGCCAAUGGACCAGAGAAAGAAAAAACUAGCAUGGAAAAUUUCAAAUGUACAUUUUAUGGAGAUGUGACUCUAGAGAGGAACCCAAUUACUGACCCUGAUGCGAUGAAGAUUUAUGCGGAUCUUCCCAGGCUUCUGGGGGAGAGGGGAGAGAAGGCCAUUCCUGUCAAGGUCUGGCUACAUCCUCUGGCCAAACUGGACCCCAGGGCAGCUCAGCUGAUCCAAGAGAUCAGUGCCGACCUUGUCUCAAGAGCUCAAAGUACCAUCGAGCAGCUGAGCGACUGUGAAGCGCAGUGCCAAGAGCUGCUGAGCACCUGUGACCCAGGUUUCCCUCUGCUGCGCGAGAAGGUCCGGCAUUUCCAAGACCUGGGAAAGCGGUACAAAGAGACCUUCCAAGAGCGGGUGGCAAGCCUCCUCCCAUCCAUCCGGGGAGGGGGGCAGAAGGAAGCAGCUCUGAGAGAACUUUUGACCUGGAAAGAGCAAUCGCCAUUCCAUCCAAAAUGCCUCUCUGAAUUUCUGAACCAAAAGAGUGCAGAGAUGGAUUGUGUGAAGCUGUUUUGUACGGGGCUGAAGGGUGUGGACAUCAUCCCAUGGGAAAGUAAACUCAAAGAAGUGUUGUUGGACUCCCAGUUUAAGUAUGUCAUGUCCUUCACCUUCACAUCCCUGCAAAAGGAAGAGCCGUAUUUCCGAGAUCUGGAAGACUGGAUCCAAAAAACCUCUGAUCCAUCAACCGCCCUUCCAGGCUAUGAGAAACAGUUACCCAAGCAGUGGUUUGAGGAAGAAGCGAUAAUUAGAAAAGCCCGAAAACGGGUGAAGUCAUUUACAAACUUUGCCGCUCUUAAUAAGGAAAAGGGCAAGAUCCGGUUCAUCAUCUCCUCCGUUCCAGAUGUGGACAACCCUGGGAUUUCCAUUUACUUGUACAAAGAAGGGCAGCUGAUUAGCCGGGACUUUGAGCCCCCACUAACACCGCUCCCCCCCAUGGUUAGCGAAAUCUGCCAUGACAGUGUGCAGCUCAGGUUUGAGCCAGCUGUGGACAGGAGAGCUUCGAGAUCCAGCUAUUUUGUGGAGUACAAGGUCUUGGAGCAGGAGAGCUGGAGGGGGCUGAGCCCCGUGAGUGGAGAAGAGACCUUGGUGGUGAGAGAUCUCCUCCCAGGCACCAGUUACCAGUUCCGAUGUGCCCUGCAGAGCAAACCAGACCUUGGGGAGAGCAGCAAGAGUGAAGUUGUAAAAACGCUUCCCACCAGUCCACCUGGAAGACCUCAAAAUACAGUUGUCACCUCUUCUGCUGUCUGCCUUACCUGGAAGAGCCCCAGGCUCAUAGGAGAGGGAGUGGAGGUGAAGGACUACAAGGUGAAGUACAAGGAGGAGGCUGCAGAGGGGAGCUGGAGAAGUGUGACUGUAGGAGGAAGCGGUCGGUGCUGCCGAGUGACUGGGCUGCGGCCGAGGACUUCCUACAGGUUCCACGUGGUGGCCGUGGCCUUGGAUGGGAGAGAGAGCCUUCCCAGCAAGGAGGCUGUGAUUACAACGCUAAGCACAGACGAAAAGCAAACCAGAGGAUCCCCUCUGAGGAUCAUCCUUGCUGGGAAGAGCGGAAGUGGGAAAAGCGCUCUGGGAAACACCAUCUUGGGCCGGAAGGAGUUCAAGGCCACACCUGGGGAAAACACGACAGCUGGCAAGUGCCACAGAGGGCAUGGGAGCUGGAAUGGCCAGAAGCUCUCUUUGAUUGACACAGCAAGAAUUUUUGAUUCAGAUGUCUGCAGCCAGGACUCUCUGGUGGAAAUCAUGCAUUGCAUUGACCUCUCCACGCCUGGCCCUCACGCUCUGGUGUUUGUCACCCAGGCAGGCCGCUUCACCGCAGAAGACAAGGCAGCUGCUGAGCGAGUCCUGGAUGUGUUUGGGAUGGACUCCACCCGGUACACGAUUCUCUUGUUCACCCAGGAAGAAGAGCGCUCCGUAGCGCAAGACCGUUUAUCGCAGUCAGACAAUGAGGCCCUCCUGGAGCUGAUCCAGAAAUAUGGGUACCGUGUCUGCACUUUCCACCCUUAUGCAGCCAAGGAAGAAAGGGAACAGCAGGUCUCCGAACUAAUGACAAUGCUCCAGUUGAUGGUUUGCAGGAAUAGAGGGGAGCCAUAUGGCAGCACCCUUUAUUCAGAGGCCGGCUGGACUGAAUCCAAGCUCAGGGGUUUUGUGGCAGAAAACAGAAGAGCACAGAGGAGCGCAGAGAGAAAGUGUUGUCUGAGUUGAAGAUGAUUGCAGAGGACUGCAGCACGAGCUGUGGCCAGCCCAGCGUGGUUUCUGUCAUUUACUGUUUUCAAAGCUUUUACUUUCUAGAAUAAAUCUGUAGGUUCCUCAGUUUG